AGAUGCGUUGUGGGAGUGGCUGUCCCUGGUGCUGAAAAAGCCGGUUGAGCUAGGAUUUUACAGUAUCGCCACCGGACUCGAACGAGCAUACCCAGCAAAAACACAGAGGAGCCUUGUCAGCCAACCCUUAUAAAAAUGCUGGUGAAAUCUAACAGCGAGUAUGACUCCUUCCUCUACUGGAGACAGCCCAUUUCGGCCCCAGAUCUGUCUGAGCUGGAAGACCUAGGUUUGCUUAACGCCAAGCCAACCAAGAAAAGCAAGAAGGCAGCCAAGAAACAGAAUGCUGCCCAAGCCAAGCAAAGGAAGCAGCAAGAGGCCAAGGAGGCUGAAUUGUUAGAGUACACCACCUUUAAUUACUGGAGAGAGCCAAUCCCCAGCAUCGACCUCCUCGACUUCAAUCUGCUUCUGUGAGGAACAUCCAAUAUCUCAACCAACUCGUUGUAAAAACCCCACCAUGUCCUCACUGACCCUUUCUGGAUAACCAUGGCUUUUGUCAAGUUUCUGGUCUGCCCAAGAAGUACUUCAUCUGUAUAAAUCUGUAAUGUGCUUUUUAUUUUGUAUAACCUCAGAUUAAUACCAGAAGAAUGGUGGGCGUUUUAACUUUCUGGAGACUGGCAUUGUGAAUAUCAGUAUAGGCAGUUCUGCUUUGGCCAUCUCCACAUGUGGGCUACUUGACUUACUAAUGUGAGUCAUUAACUAAGUUGAAAUGGAAAGCCUUUGCAGUGAAUUUCUUUCACACAUUAAAGAUGUACACACUUGUAAUUUGUAUGGUGACACAAAGAAGCCACAUUACAUUUUUGAACACUAAUAAGUGCAAUGACAACUUUCCUUGACCUAUGACCUAGCCUAAUAUGUAGUGCCAACCAAGCCUAGAAGUGUCUAAAUGUAGUGUUUAUAAACAGGAGAAGGUAUUUGUAUUUGUCACUUGCUUGAUAAACACCAGGUGUAGUCUGAAGCACCUCUACACAGAACAGAUAUUGUACAAGCUCUUUGGGGGCCACAAACAUGACUGUCGUUUGCGCUUUGCAUUGGUUGUAUCAAAAACAGACACUAGUUAGCUCAAAUCCACCUAAUUAUUUUAGUGUGCUGCUUUAAGUCUGCCAUGAACAGACCUUAACCAAGUCUAAUGACAAGAUACAUGUGAAUGCAGAGUUGAUUUAAAAAGUAUAUCUUUUGCAUUUAAACUGCUGUACUGUCUGAAGUUUGGUUUGAAUAUCAUGGCAAGGAAUUGUCUGUAAGAAAAGAAGGAAAAAGAAUGUAUUUAAUUGUGUCAGACUGUGUUCUUAAAAGUAGGGUAGUAGAAGUUGUAACAUACUUUUAUUUUUAGCUGCCUUUUGUGUGAGAUUGCCUGAGCAGUACAUUCAUAAAUGUGACUCAUCAUACUUUGUCUGACCUUUUGGAAAUAAAAGAAACAUUGAUAAAGAUA